GAUUUUUUUGGAAAAGCAUUUCGCCCUGGAGCGGUGCGCGAUGCUUUCGCACGCCGACCUGCUGGAUGCUCGCCUCGGUGAGUUAUCAACGCCAAACUCCGGUCUGCAACUCUACUGGAUGAAGGAUGCGGCGGCGGAGCUUUUAGGUCACAGGGAGGCAUUGAAGUGCAGGCUGGGCGGCGGUGGCGCUGACUCGGGCCACCCCGGAGAACUUGCCCCAGGCUCCGAUUCCGUUGAGGGGACAACUCUUCUCCCCGGAGACGAUAUCAACAAUGCUGGAUCCAAUCCGCAGGGUGUAGCGGUGAACAGUAAGGAACAAGAGAAGCAACAGCAGCAGCAACAGAAUCCCACCCAGUCUAGCGCGCAGCAGUCUCAAAAGCAAAAACGCCACCGGACUCGGUUUACUCCGGCACAGCUUAACGAGUUGGAACGCAGCUUCGCCAAAACCCACUACCCGGACAUCUUCAUGCGCGAAGAACUCGCUCUCCGGAUCGGUCUGACAGAAUCCCGCGUGCAGGUCUGGUUUCAGAACAGACGCGCUAAGUGGAAGAAGCGCAAGAAGACCACCAACGUGUUCCGCUCUCCCGGCACGUUGCUGCCCACUCACCACGGCCUACCGCAGUUCCCCUCCGCCGCGGCGGCCGCAGCAGCAAUGGGCGACAGUUUGUGUUCCUUCCACGCUAAUGACACCCGCUGGGCCACGGCUGGAAUGCCAGGAGUCUCCCAGCUGCAGUUACCGCCCUCUCUAGGCCGACAACAAGCCAUGGCACAGUCUCUCUCCCAGUGCAGCCUGGGCGCCGGACCGCCACACAACUCCAUGAGCCUGUCCAACAUGUCCUCCAAUGGUUCCGGGCUUCAGUCCCACCUCUACCAACCCACCUUCCCCGGUAUGGUGCCCGCUUCGCUGUCUGGCCCAACCAAUGUGACCGGCUCUCCGCAGCUUUGUAGCUCCCCGGACUCUGACGUCUGGAGAGGGACGAGCAUCGCGUCGCUGCGCCGCAAGGCGCUCGAGCAUACAGUAUCCAUGAGUUUCACCUAAUACUUUGAUGUGCUGUUCUUCUCUUGUUCCUCGUCCACUCAUCAUUUCUGAUCCAACGUUCCAGUGACGCACAAGGAAGUCUAAAUGGAUACGACUGUCCUCUAGAAAACAAGUUCAUGAACUGUGCGCACCUGGUGGAAAUAAAAUCUUAAGCAUUAGAGGCUGAAAAAUGUCAUCCUUUGAAACUAGCAAACGUGAAUGUAUUUUAUUUAUUUUUAAUACCUCAUAUUUAUUUAUUUAUUUUAUUUAUUACCUUUUCUUUUCGCAAAUUUAACCAAGCGCAAAUUUCAACGUCCGGGACGGAAAAUGAAAUGCCCAUUUGCGAUGUAUUCGUGUCAAGACGUGUAUAUCCGUGUCAAGACGUUUGCAUUUGGCCUCAGAGAAACCAGGCGUGUGAUGGAUGGCGGACUCUGGGAUGAAGUUUUUUCUCUCUCUCUCUCAUUUUAGUAUAAUUCUUAUUAUUAUGAAUAUGGAAGAAAUCGUUCAAACUGUUGUACGAAAGAUGUUGGUGGAAAGAAAGGAAAAUAUCUCAAAAAGAAUUAAGAAACUUGACUGCAUGUUCCGACAAAGGUAAACAACAACGGGGAAUUAUCAUUUAAAAGUAAAGUAUGACUUUGUUAUAUGCUGUUACAUAGGAUGUUUUGUGUAGAUAAAGCAUUCUUAACUUGUUCUCAUUCGGUCAGUUUGUGAUAUGUUCUGAGUUACUGUAUGUGCUUAUACCAAUAUAAAUUUCUUAAAUGUUUGAUCUUCUUAACGGC